GCCAGGGCAGGGGGCCCCGAUACCAAGAUACCAGGGCCCCCUGCCCUGGAGCGUUACCGACUCGGAUGUCUGUGCAGGCACACGACGAGGUGAAUAUAAUUUACUAUAACGUGCAAAAACAAACCAAAAAGGGUUAAAAUGUCGUGGAAGAAAUGGUGAGAGAAAGGAGGAAAAAUAACAAUGUUAAAAACAAAAGGAUUGAAAGAUAUUGCGCUCUAGCUCCGGGAGUCCAGUCUAGUAAGUAAGUCAGUUUUGCCAUCUAGCGGAUAUGAAAGACAUAUCCAUAUUUUUUUUCAUUUUAGCCUCGCAUUUACUUUUGUCAGACGUCAGUUUUCAAAACCAAACCAUGCGCAUUUAAAAAAUAAUAAAAAAACACAUGCAAUGCAUUUUGCAUAUCGCAAACAACACUGGCCCACUUCAUUCUGACGAAUUCGGAAUUUAGAGUGCCUUAUCUGCAGAGAUAAAUACACGGGCCUAUCAGUGACAGAGCCGGGUCACAGCGCGCAUGCGCGUCGUCGCGGAAGAGGAAGAGAAGGCAAAACCUGACGGAUUAUGUGGACAUCCAGCCAGCUAAGGCCGGCCUGUUUAGACUAAUGGACCUGAAUACGUGUCUAUAGAAUGCCAGGCUGAGUGACCGCGGUGAAGCCACAUGUGAAUACAGAGCAUCAUAGAGAACAAGCGUGAGGAUGAUGUCAGAGUGCGACCCGUGCGAGACGGGGACAGCGGAACCGGGGAUCGACGGACAGGCAACAGCGGUGGUGUCUCCGGCAGACGCGGGGGACCCCAACUUCCACUCUCCCGAAGCCCCCGUGCUGCUGUCGUUCGAGCACCAGAACCGGGCGAGGCUCGGAGGACAUCAUGCGUCCAACCCCGGGGUGGCCGUGCGCAUCUCGGACUCGUGCGAGAGCGUCCUGACCGAGCUGGAGACGGACGGCUCCGGCGAGGAGGCGCUGCUGCUACCCUGCCUGGCGCGGAGCUCCGCCGCGUCGUCGCCGCGGCGUGCCGGACGGGAGAAGCGCGGCGGCGGCAGGCAGCACAGACACAGCUCGUCUUCCGACAAGGAGAACCUCUCCUCGCCAGGUAUCAACGGCGGGGACUUCAACCAUUUCCCAGACGACCUGGAGUUCGCGGACAUCAUCCAGCGGGCGGAACAGGCCAUCGAGAACGGAGCGUUCCCGGAGCGCAUCUCCCAGGGGUCCAGUGGGAGCUACUUUGUCAAGGACCCAAAAGGGAAAAUCAUCGGCGUUUUCAAACCAAAGUCAGAGGAGCCGUACGGUCACCUGAACCCCAAAUGGACCAAAUACUUCCACAAGCUGUGCUGUCCGUGCUGCUUCGGACGAGGCUGCCUCCUGCCCAACCAGGGCUACCUUUCGGAGGCCGCCGCCUCGCUGGUCGACACCAAGCUGGGCCUCGGAGUGGUCCCAAAGACCAAGGUGGUGUAUCUGGCCAGCGAGACGUUUCACUACAGCGCGUUCGACCGGGCCAAGUCCCGGGGGAAGAAGUACGCUCUGGAGAAGGUCCCCAAGGUGGGGAAACGCUUCCACCGCGUUGGGCUGCCCCCCAAGGUGGGGUCCUUCCAGCUGUUUGUGGAGGGCUACCAUGAAGCAGACUACUGGCUGCGGCGCUUUGAGUCGGACCCCUUGCCGGAGAACAUCAGGAAGCAGCUGCAGUCCCAGUUUGAGAGGCUGGUGGUUCUGGACUACGUUAUCAGGAACACAGACCGAGGGAACGAUAACUGGUUGAUAAAGUACGAGAAGCCAGGAGAAGGACAAAAGGAAACCGAGUGGUCCGAGACCAGCUCAGAUUCCUGCGUCAAGAUCGCGGCCAUAGACAACGGCCUUGCCUUUCCCUUUAAACACCCUGAUGAAUGGAGGGCCUACCCCUUCCACUGGGCCUGGCUGCCCGCCGCCAAGGUGGCCUUCUCCCAGGAGACCAGGGACCUGGUGCUGCCCCGCCUCUCAGACAUGAACUUUGUACAGGAUCUCUGUGAGGACCUCUAUGAGAUGUUCAAGACGGACAAAGGCUUCGACAAGACCAUGUUUGAAAGACAGAUGUCGGUCAUGAGGGGGCAGGUGCUGAACCUGAGCCAGGCGCUGAAGGACGGCCGUAGCCCCAUCCAGCUGGUCCAGAUGCCUCGUGUGGUGGUGGAGCGCCGACGCUCUGGGGGCCACGGCCGCGUGGUCACCCUCGGCAACGCCUUCACGCAGACCUUCCACUGCAAGAGGCCCUUCUUCACCUCCUGGUAGACAGUGUGAGGAAGAGGAGGAGAGGCCCUUCUUCACCUCCUGGUAGACAGUGUGAGGAGGAGGAGAGGCCCUUCUUCACCUCCUGGUAGACAGUGUGAGGAAGAGGAGGAGGAGGUGGAGGAGGAGAGGCCCUUCUUCACCUCCUGGUAGACAGUGUGAGGAAGAGGAGGAGGAGGUGGAGGAGGAGAGGCCCUUCUUCACCUCCUGGUAGACAGUGUGAGGAAGAGGAGGAGGAGGUGGAGGAGGAGAGGCCCUUCUUCACCUCCUGGUAGACAGUGUGAGGAAGAGGAGGAGGAGGAGAGGCCCUUCUUCACCUCCUGGUAGACAGUGUGAGGAAGAGGAGGAGGAGGAGAGGCCCUUCUUCACCUCCUGGUAGACAGUGUGAGGAAGAGGAGGAGGAGGAGGAGAGGCCCUUCUUCACCUCCUGGUAGACAGUGUGAGGAAGAGGAGGAGGAGGAGAGGCCCUUCUUCACCUCCUGGUAGACAGUGGGGGGGGGGGGGGGGGGGAGAGGAGAGGCCCUUCUUCACCUCCUGGUAGACAGUGUGAGGAAGAGGAGGAGUAGGAGGAGAAGAGAUCCUUCUUCACCUCCCGGUAGACAGUGGGGGUGGGGAGGAGGAGGAGAGGUGAGGAGGAGGAGAGGUGAUAAGGAGAGGCGGUCCAUCUGUCGGUUUACCUCUCGAGACUCCUCCCCUCUUCUUCUGAGCCUUCUCGUUUGGAAUGCGGCCUGGGGAGGGUUUGGGGUGUGAAUUGGAACGGCCCCCGGCUGGUGAUUGGCUGUUUGUUACAAGAACGCCCGGUCAUAAAACUCCUUUUGAAUGUCGGGACUAUGAAGAAUGUUUUUGUUCUUGGUGCCGACAUUCCUGUUGAUGACUCUUCGAAAGUAAGAACAUUCUCGGUAUUUGACUGAUGGAUACUGUCGCCUUGGGUUGGUUCGUUAGGGUGGUCAAUUAAGGGACGACUAUUGAAUAUUAUGGGCCUUGACCUUUUAUAACUAGUGGUCAAGGUGGAGGGGUCGAGACUCUUGAGAGAGCUUGAGAUAUUGGCAUUCCAAAUUCCUUUGUGGGCCUCGAGGUUCUGUGAGAUUUUCACGGGCAAUUCGUUUAGAGGAAACCUUGGGUUUUACACGCGUUGCUUGAAGAGUUUUUGAAGGAACUCUCUACGUCCUGUAGCUCAGCUUCGAGCUACAGGCGACCCCAAACGCACACCGUAGUGUCACGCUGUUAUUUCCGAGUUUGAAGGUACCACUGUAUUUUCUAUGACACACCUGCUGGUACUGAUACGUUUUUAGUAUUUUAUGCAAAAGUUUUCCAGAGUUUACAGACGAACCCUGACCCGGACCACCACCAACUUGAUGAAGGCUCAACCUGUUCACUCCCUCGAUAGACUCUUCUUUGCCUUGUGUCGAUCACCCCCUACCCCCAUGGACACGUGCACACUCACCCCGGACACGUGCACACUUUUCUAUUUCUAUUGGUAUCAUAUUGGUUUGGUGCAUAAGUAAGCAAAACACAAAAAAACAACUAAUUUAUGUCUUUUAGUCCAGUUUCGGCCUCAUCUGUCCAACAACCACAACCCAAUUCCCUCUUGCUUCGCUGUUGCCAAAAUAUAAAAAGGAUCAUUGAAAGUUUUCCAGAAUAGGAUAUCAAAACUUGAAAACCUGAUUUCUUUGGAUUUGAUUUGUGGUGAGGAGGAGGAGUUAAGGAGUUCCACGUUGCUUGAAUGUAACCCGUCUACUGUUUCUAUCGUUUUUUUAUUUUUGCUCCUGGACAUUUCAGAUGGAGGAAGUUCUGUGGGAACAGGAUUUCUCUCUUAACAAUGAAUGUAUUUAAACGCCGGCCAGAAGCUAGUUCUCGACGCUGGCAUGAAGGAACACCACUUCUCAUCUCUUAGAGUGUGUUUGAGGUGGAAAACGGACACUUGUGCUCAAUGCUUUUUUUUUUUUUUUUUUUUUUUUCUUACGUAUGCAUCUUGAACUUUUUAUUCUAAGUGGAAUGGUUGUAUGAUAAAUGUAUAUUUAAGAAAUGAAAAUAAAAUUUGGGACACAUGGA